AUCUACGUUUAACAGUUUUUUUAGUAAAUACUUAUAAAUACUUAGUUUCAUUUUGCACUGAAACCCGAAUGUGUCAUCAAAGUGUGUUGGCAAAAGCUGGAUAACAACUGGGCACAUUUAUCUUUUCAUUCUGUUUACGUGAACGUUAGAUAGUGGCAGCAAAAUGGUUCUCGCAGACUUAGGUCGUAAAAUUACAUCUGCAUUACGAUCUCUCAGCAAUGCAACCGUUAUUAAUGAAGAAGUUCUUAAUUCUAUGCUAAAAGAAAUAUGCGCUGCAUUACUGGAAGCAGAUGUCAACAUAAGACUUGUUAAGAAACUCAGAGAAAAUGUACGUCUUGUUAUUGACUUUGAUGAUAUGGCUGGAGGUCUUAAUAAAAGGAGGAUGAUACAAAGUGCCGUCUUCAAAGAACUUGUAAAGUUGAUUGAUCCAGGAGUGAAAGCUUAUCAGCCUGUGAAAGGACGACCAAAUGUAAUUAUGUUUGUUGGUUUGCAAGGUUCAGGAAAAACUACCACUUGCACAAAACUUGCAUAUCAUUACCUGAAGAAAAAUUGGAAAGCCUGUUUGGUUUGUGCUGAUACUUUCCGCGCUGGUGCUUACGAUCAAAUAAAACAAAACUCAACGAAAGCGAGAAUCCCGUUUUACGGAAGUUACACAGAAGUAGAUCCAGUAACAAUAGCACAGGAUGGUGUGGAAAUGUUUAAGAAGGAAGGAUAUGAAAUCAUUAUCGUCGAUACUAGUGGCAGGCACAAACAGGAAGAGUCCUUAUUUGAAGAAAUGCUUCAAGUUGUGAACGCAAUCCAACCAGAUAAUAUAAUCUUCGUUAUGGAUGCGACAAUAGGACAGGCUUGCGAAGCUCAAGCAAAAGCUUUUAAAGAACGCGUUAAUGUUGGUUCUAUCAUCAUUACGAAACUUGAUGGACACGCGAAAGGUGGAGGUGCUCUUUCAGCGGUUGCUGCAACACAAAGUCCAGUGAUUUUUGUAGGCACAGGAGAACACAUAGAUGACUUGGAGCCAUUCAAAACAAAGCCUUUUAUUAGCAAACUAUUGGGUAUGGGUGACAUAGAAGGUCUUAUAGACAAAGUGAAUGAAUUAAAUCUUGAUGAUAAUGAAGAAUUACUCGAAAAAAUCAAACAUGGUCAAUUCACUUUGAGGGAUAUGUAUGAGCAGUUUCAAAAUAUUAUGAAAAUGGGUCCAUUUUCUCAACUAUUGGGGAUGAUUCCUGGUUUUAGCCAAGAUUUUAUGUCGAAAGGUACAGAACAGGAGUCCAUGGCAAGAUUAAAACGUUUGAUGACCAUUAUGGAUAGUAUGAACGACUCAGAACUGGAUAACAGGGAUGGUUCAAAAUUGUUCAGCAAACAACAAGGCAGGAUAGUAAGGGUAGCACAAGGUUCUGGAGUAACUGAAAAAGAAGUUAAAGAUUUAAUUACACAGUAUACGAAAUUCGCAGCUGUUGUAAAGAAAAUGGGUGGUAUUAAGGGAUUAUUUAAAGCUGGAGAUAUGACUAAAAAUGUAAAUUCGACGCAAAUGGCGAAAUUAAAUCAUCAAAUGGCAAAAAUGAUGGACCCAAGAGUUUUGCAUCAAAUGGGCGGUAUGCCAGGAUUACAGAACAUCAUGAAGCAACUUCAACAAGGUGCAGCAGGUGGACUCGGAAACUUAAUGAGUGGUUUUGGUGGAAAGUCGUGAGAGUUGGCUCUGUCAGACUCUGAUAUAAUUUUUCGUUAAACAUCAGUCACUAACAAAGAAGAGGAAAGGACUUCGAAGCCGUGACUUUUUAUCGAGGAUGAUCUCUUUAAAA